CUGACUUUAGCUAUAGUGCUUGUGCUUAUACCACUAGGGAUCGACACACCUUCGUUGACAGGAAAAUUAUUAGUCAGAGAUGAGGAGCUACGCAGCUGUAGUCCGGGCAGCACUACUCGUCCUUGGCGCGCUGCUACUCCCUGCCCACCAUGUGAUGGCCGACUACUCGGCCAUGGCACCGGCGCCGCCGCCACCGCCUAAGCCGGCCAGUGCCAUUUCCAUGCCCCCGUUGCCAGCCAAUGACACCAACAUGUCGCCGCCUGUCCAGCUGGCGCCACCUUUCGUCGUUGUGCAGGGCGUGAUCUACUGUAAGUCCUGCAAAUCCAGGGGCUACAACCGCGGCAUGGACGCGUCACCGAUCCAAGGUGCAACGGUGAAUCUGGUGUGCUACGGGAGGAAGGUGGUGAACGUGACAGCGACGGUGUCGGACGAGCACGGCUACUUCCUGGUGAUGUUCUACGACCUGGCCAACUUCAACGCGCGCAACUGCAAGAUAUACCUGGGCACGUCGCCGACGCCGCUCUGCGACAAGCCCGUCUACCCGCCGAACAAGUGGAUCGGGCUCUCGCUCGUCAAAGAGACCGUAACUUCGCCGCCGGUGGGGCUGCAAGGCGUCUACUGCCCCAGCAGCGUGCUCUUCUACGGCCCCUCCGCCGGACAGCAUUGCCCAUUUUAUUGACCGCGCCGCCUCGAUCCACCUGGUACUAAGUAAUAAUCAACUAGUCACCUUGGCAGUUUUGCACUUGCAGUGGUUCGUGUUUGUGUAUUGUACGUGUUCCUAGCAGCUUAGAUCCGCCAAUUUACGUUCAGUUCUUCUAGUUUGUUGGUUGGUGCAGUUGCAGUGUAGUGCUAGUAUCUUGAGUUUUCAGUGGCCUCCGUUCCCCACCAUAACUAUGAUUCUUCUGCCAA